UAAACUCAGGCUACGUUAACGUUAGCCUGGACCCGAGGAGCUCAUCACAAUCUGCCUCUGACCGAGAAUCCCACCUGAUAUGCCGGUGUUCACAGGACACCAUGGGUCCGUUCCACACUUCAGGUUUACCAAGACUUCAGCACACUAUUAACAUGGAUGGCAGGGAUGAAUUCACCGAAGACGGCGAACGCUGCAGCAACAACUCCCAGGAAGUCCAAGGGCAGGACAGCUUGUCAGAAGAAAGCGAUAGCGACGCCGACAACCACGCUGAAGACUCGUCCUCCAACACCUCUGCCGACGACCACAUGACCUCCACGAGGACACAGUGCCGCCUCGAAGGAGCGGGAGUCAAGGAGGAGAGCGAGGACGGGGCCGACCACGGCAGCUUUGUUUGCCCGCUGUGCACGCUGGACUUCAGCAGCCCUGAGCGGCUCAUCUCACAUGUCUACCAGCACACGAGCUCGAUGAGCAACACCAAGAGCUACGUGUGCCCAGUGUGUGGGCGAGCGCUGAGUUCUCCUGGCUCACUGGGACGGCAUCUUCUCAUCCACUCGGAGGACCGCCUCUCCAACUGCGCCGUCUGCGGCGCACGCUUCACGGACACCAACAACUUCAACAGGGAGAAGCUUAAAGAUGUCCUCGAUACCACAAGGCUGGACAUCAGUGUUGGACGGGAUGCUUGCUCCCUGUCCCAGUCCCUGUCCAGCAGCCCCAUGAGCAGCCCGGGCUCCAACGCUCACUCCUGCCAUGGAUCAGGUCCUAGUCCCAGUUCGUGUCAGGGUGCACAUCUGUGUCAAGCUCCUGAACACACUCCCAGCCUCUGCCAAGCCUCGCACCUGUGCCAGGGCCCCAGCCACAUGUCCAGCCAGUGUCCGGACCAACGGGCGUGCCACGGCUCAGGCCCAGGACCGUGCUCAGGGUCUGACCAAGGCCCCUCCUUUCCGUCACUGCCCGACAGUCUCCUGUCUGAAGGGCCGUCGCUCGCAUCUAUCCCUGAAGCUCUCAACUCCUCCUCCUCAGCCCUUCCUCCUAUACCUGACAUCCUGAGUCCUAUGCCGGUGUAUCCAGCUGGGGUGCUGCUGGUGUGCAACAGCUGCGUGGCCUAUCAGCAGCUGGUGGACGCACAAUCGCCAAUGCGAAAAUGGGCUCUGCGUCGGAAGAACGAGCCCUUGGAGGCUCGCUUGCAGCGUUUAGAACGCGAGCGCAACGCGAAGAAGAACAAGCGAGCGUGUGAGACGGACGAGGAGAAAGAACUGCGGCGGCUGCGAGACCGCGAGGCCAAGCGCAUGCAGAGGAUGCAGGAGUCGGAGGAGCAGCGGGCACGCCGGCUGCAGAGAGACCGUGAGGCCAUGCGUCUGAAGAGGGCCAACGAGACGCCGGAGAAGAGGCAGGCCAGGCUGGUUCGCGAGAGGGAGGCCAAGAGGAUCAAACGGCGGCUGGAGAAGAUCGACCCUGCUCUGAGGACACAGAUUGAGCAUGAUCCUGCUGCCAUGGCUGCCCUCACAGCGGACAUGAGUCUUUUUCAGUUCCCCUGUCCUAUGCCCGUCCCCUCCAUUGAUAACGGGCUCUUCAUGAAGCUGCCAUAAUUUGAGAAUUUAAGGAAGGAGCGACGGUCUUUUAACAUCCUAAACCUGCUUCAUCGGGUUACCGUGGUGACGUUAAAAUCACACUUCACUCAUUUCCUUCCAGAUUAUUAUUUUUUUCGCAUUGAACAGCU